CCCAGCGCAACACCUGGGCUGGUCCUGAAGCUUCCAGCCACCAACCACUUGCCAGGGCCUUUCUGGAGUGACCAUGAAGUCGCUCUCCCUGCUCCUAUUCCUUUCUCUGCUCACAGACUGCAGGUCUCUCCCGGCGAGCACGGGGAAUCCCGCCGGCUUUAGGGAACUGGACUGUGAUGACCCGGAAUCAGAGCAAGCAGCCCAGGCGGCCGUGGACUACAUCAACAGCAACCGUCAGCUGGGCUACAAGCACACUUUGAACCAGAUUGACAAAGUGAAAGUGUGGCCUCGGAGGCCCACGGGCGAGAUCUACGAGCUGGAACUCGACACGCUGGAAACCACGUGCCACGCACUGGACCCCACCCCACUGGCCAACUGCUCUGUGAGGCAGCUGGCACAGCACGCUGUGGAAGGAGACUGUGACAUCCGGUUGCUGAAACAGGACGGCCAGUUUUCUGUGGUUUUUGCAAAAUGUGAUUCCACUCCAGACUCUGCGGAGGAUGUGCGCAAGGUGUGCGCGAACUGCCCGCUGCUGGCCCCACUGAACCACACCAAGGUGGUGCACGCCGUGGACGCCGCGCUGGCCGCCUUCAACGCUCAGAGCAACGGCUCCUAUUUUCAGCUGGUGGAGGCUUCCCGGGCUCAACUUGUGAAUGUCCCACCCUCUACCUAUGUGGAGUUUGCUGUGGCUGCCACCGACUGUGUUGCAAAAGAUGUCACAAACCCAGCCACGUGUAAUAUGCUGGCAGAGAGGCAAUAUGGCUUCUGUAAGGCCACGCUCACUGAGAAGGUCAAUGGGGAAGAUGUCGCUGUGACCUGCACAGUGUUCCAAGCACAGCCCCAAGUAGAUGCCGGGGCCUCCAACCCAGUGGUGGACGCAGCUCCGCCGGCACCUUCUCCAGCUGACCCAGCCCCGGCUGCCAUGGUGGUGGGACCUGUGGUGAUGUCAGUUCCCCCAGGACCUCCACUGCACCGGGCACACUACGACCUGCGCCAUUCCUUCUCCGGCUUCACUUCUGUGGAGUCAGCAUCAGGAGAAACGUUCACCAGGAUGAAGAAACCCAAGCCAGCUGUUGCUGGUCCAAUGGCUCGCCCAUGCCCUGGAAAAAUCAGAUACUUUAACGUAUAAAUGAAGGUCAGAGAUAAGAAUUUGGGGUGCUCAGAACAUAAUCCCUAUGUGCCCAGGUACCAGGAAACUUGUCUAAUGCCAGGGCGAGUGCUAACCGACUCAGAGGACAGAAGCAGAGGAAUGAAGGCUGAGUUUGAUGGAAAGCAUUAAGCUGACAACUUAGUUGUCAUUGUUUGGAUGCUUAACCAUCACUGUUGUGGUCUCUGCUUUCUGGGUGACCUGAACAGAUAAUUGGAACUGUAACUUUUAAAGGUGCUAUUUUCAAGUUUAUACCUGCUUAUUAAUAAAAGUGCCUGAAGAACCUUCCUUAAAAAGGUUCUAAGCUCUACAUGG